AUGAUUGCUGAAGCCGCCGCGGUCGAAGUUCAAGCCAACGAGGCUCCAGUUGUUGCUCCAAUCAUGUACAAGGUCGAAUCGAAUGAUGGAAAAGUGUUCGAAAUCAGUGAUGAAGCAGUUAAACAAUCAAAUAUCCUCUCCAAUCUGAUCUCUACUUGUGCUCCAGAGGAUGUUGCUUCAAUGGAUCCAAUUCCAAUCACAAAUGUCAUUGGAAAUAUCCUGAAGAUGGUCAUUGAGUGGUGUGAGAAACACAAAGGAGAAGCGCUUCCAGUUGAAGAUGACAGUGUUCCAAAGCAUGUCAAUGUUCCCGAAUGGGAUACCAACUUCUUGAAAAUCGACAACGACGUGCUCUUCGACUUGAUCGUUGCCUGUAACUACCUUGAUGUGCCUGGAUUAAUGAAUUACGGAUGUAAGAUUGUUGCCAUGAUGGCCAUUGGAAAGUCUCCAGAUGAGUUGAGAAUCAUCUUUGCAAUUCCAACUGAUGAAGAGGAUGAAGCUGCGGAGAGAGCUGCUAAGGAGAAGGCUGAAGCUGAGAAGAAGGCAAUCACCGACAAGGACGCAGCUGAGCCAUCAACUUCCAAAUAA